AUGGCUCUGACAGCCACUCAAAAACCGAUUGCCCUACUCAUGCUGCUAACUGUUCUGAUGUGGAUGCGCAAGGAAUCACCGAUCCCAUUACGUUUUCUCAAAUGUGUGAAGGCAUUGAAUAUGAUGGAACUGGAUGCCCCUCAUGUGAUGCAGACGCGCGUCUUAUUAAUGAGGUGCACCUUGAUGACCUAGGCCAUGAGCAUGAAGAAGAAGCUGAGAUAGCUCCAACUAACACUGAUGCAGAAAACUUGGGGGUGGGUGUGUCAGACGUAUUCACGGGCCAAAAGUUUGUCAAUGAGGCACAAAUCGAUGCAGAAGCUGCUGAUCACACAGAGCAGGUCUCAAAAGAUGGCCAUUUAUCUGUGGAUGCACCAAUAAUUACUGGUCAAGUCCCAGUUAACCAUGACAAUGAUGCUGAUCGCCAAAUUACUGUCCAUGAACCAAUUAGCCACACAGAACAGUGUACCACCGCAGAGCAAUUUCAGUUGGAAGAUGCCAACACACCUGAAUCCUUAGUAUCCUUCGGUCAGCCAACACAAGAAUGGGAAGUUAGCCAACAACUUCGAGAUGCUAAUAUUCACCCAGACAGAACCCCCCAUUUUGAUACUAGAGAGCCAUCCCACAAAGUGUGUAUUAGGAGUGGCAGUGAAAUCAUCAAAUUACCUCACACUGGAGCGGAGGCUCAACCUACCAACCUACAGCAGUCUGCCUCCACUGCACAACAGGCUGCCCACACUAUCCAGGUCUCUGAUGCAUCUGCUCUACAGCUGUCUCCCAGGCGCUCGGCGAGAUUUAAAAAAACAGAUGUUUCUACGGAAAAACAUACACUUGUUCGCACCGCCAAGAACAUGGAGAAGGACAAAACCAAUGUCCCAAGCUUUGUGAACCCCAACCAAUUCGGAGCUCCUGGAAAUGUUCUGCAAUGCGGUCAACUACCAGUUAUCGUAAAGAGGAUCAGGAAGAGACCAUUGAAGAUCAUUUCUCCAUUUAAAUUACAUCCUGUUAAGUCUACCAUUUCUCUCAACCACGCCCGAAAACUCCGUGACAUAGUAAUCAACGACCUUGAUCUCAAAAAGACUGGACUUCUUGCUUACGAACCUUCUAAGUUAUAUCUUACUGGCAUGGAUCUCGCAAAAAGCUUCGGCGAUGGGGCAUCAAUGCUACCCAGCUUGAUGGAAUACUACAUAGACAUUCUGCGUCACGAUGAGAUUAAAUUAAGGCCCACGUCGGCUGGGUACAGGAUGUUCCUUCGUUGGUCACUAUCGUUCCACCUUAAUGUCGAUGCUCGGCACGAGACGCAAUCCUUCAAUCCUACUUUCAUUGAGGCACUAUUAAAGGAAGACCUCGCGGAUAAAGACCCUCAAGAUGUUCGCAUGAUAUUAUGGGUAUCCCAUCAGGGCAGUCAUUUCUCAGUUUAUUGUGUGAAUCGUGUUCACAGACGGAUUGACGUCCUCGAUUCAGUUGACUGGAGCACACAACAGACUACAUUUGAGGAUUUUCAUAAGCCGUGGGGUCCUAUUGCUGUCGCCAGACUCAAUGAUGCUUUUUUAAAAGUUACUGAGGGGAAGUUCGACAACUUCUGCAAGUGGCCUAUUGCUAGAUUUCCAACCCCCAAACAACUUGCCAACGACUGUCCUUUCUUCUGUUUCAAAUUCCUGAAAUUUUAUGAUGGCGAGGAGAAUCAAUUACGAAUCAAAAUCGACCCAGAGAAGUUUAGUGAUUACAGGUCGGAGGAGCUUGCAUACAUGGUGUUCCAUGAAUUGAAUUUAUUUCGUCAGCUACCACCUCAAAUUGAAGUUUUGAGGAAGGCUAUUACAAAAGCAUAACCAGUUGCCGGCACUAGCAAACCAAAAUGUUUCGCGAGGGGAGUCACAAGCUAGCCAUGUUUAUUUCCAUAUCCACCAUGAUUACUUUCCCGACAGAUAUUCGUCCUAAUGUAAACCUAAGUGACGGAGAAUAUUAUUGUACUGCUUUCCGUACUUGCUUCUGCAUUACUGUAUUUUGUAUUAUCUAAUCGUAUAUUA